UGAAGAUGUUGCUGUUUAUGAUGCUUAUACUAUCUUUUGCCAAUGGCAAAAAAAUAGAUUUGAGUUACCCAUAUGACGAAGAUACUGCAUAUUGGAUUCCUUCUGAUAUACCUUUCAGGUUUAUUAAAAAAACAGCAAAUGUAGACGAUGGAUAUUGGUAUGCAGCCAAUCAAUUUGAGACCGCAGAACAUUGUGGAACUCAUCUUGAUGCUCCCUACCAUUUCAAUAAAUUAGGAUGGAAAGUGGAUGAAAUACCUUUAGACAGAUUGAUAACAACAGGUGUUUUCUUAAAUGCUUCUUUGGAAACAAAUGGAAAUUGUUCUUUUACAUUAUCAACUAAGGAACUUGAAAAGUGGGAGAAUCAAAAUGGAGAAUUUCCAAAUAAUUCUGUUCUGCUCAUUAGCUUUGGUUGGGCAUCAAGAUACAAUAAUAAAACGGAAUAUUUUGGGCCAUCAUCUGAUAAACUUUGUUUUCCUGGACUAUCAAAAGAGGCUGCAGAAUGGAUAACCAAGUCUGAAAAGAUUGUCGGAGUUGGUGUCGACACCCCCUCAACAGAUCAAGGAUUAAAUGUUGAAGCACAUCUUGAAUUGACCUCAAAGAAUUUAUAUUUGCUAGAAAACUUAGCUAUAAUACACCCCUUGCCAAACAGGAAUUUCACAGUUUAUUCUCUUCCAAUGAAGAUAAAGAACGGAACUGGAGGUCCUUGCAGAAUAGUGGCUGAUCUUUCUACAUUAUAA